AUGGCUGAAGAAGACCAGGAGAAAACAGCCUUCAUCACAAGCCAAGGACUGUACUGUUACAAGGUGAUGCCUUUUGGGCUGAAAAAUGCUGGAACUACGUAUCAGAGAAUGGUAAACAGAAUGUUCAGCCAACAGAUUGGUAGGAACAUGGAGGUGUACGUGGACGACAUGCUCGUCAAGACCUCAGGGAAGUUAUUGGGAUUCAUGGUGUCCCAAAGAGGAAUAGAAGCAAACCCAGAGAAAGUACGAGCUAUUAUCGACAUGGCCUCACCCAAAACCGUCAAGGAUGUUCAAAAACUCACAGGGAGAAUAGCGGCUUUAAACAGGUUCGUCUCUAGGGUCACAGACAAAUGCCUGCCCUUCUUUAAGACACUGAAGCAGGCUUUUGCUUGGACCAACGAGUGCGAAGCGGCGUUCCAAGAGUUAAAGCAAUACCUGAGCAGUCCGCCUCUCCUAAGCCCGUCCAAAGAAGGAGAAAACCUAUACCUGUACCUGGCGGUGUCAGCCUCGGCAAUAAGUGCAGCUUUGAUUAGAGAAGAGGGCAAGAAACAACUCCCGGUUUACUACGUCAGCCAAGCUUUCCAAGGGGCUGAGUCCAGAUACCCAAGGAUCGAAAAGAUUGCGUUUGCACUAAUAGUGGCCUCGCGCAAGCUCAGGCAAUAUUUCCAGUCGAAUCCCAUUCUCGUAAUGACGGACCAACCAAUCAAGAAGUCAAUGAGCAAGCCAGAAGCAGCAGGGAGAAUGGUCCAGUGGACAAUUGAACUUAGUCAAUUUGACAUUGAAUACCAUCCAAGGACAGCAAUCAGGGCACAAGCUCUGGCGGACUUCAUUGCAGAAUUCACGUUCCCUGACGAAGACAAGAUUACCGACGAAACAGAUAAACUAAUAAUACAGACUGAUGGUUCGUCAGUCCAGAAAAAGGGGGGAGUAGGGGCCAUCAUAACCACCCCCGACGGAGAAGUGCUGAAAUAUGGGGUCAAGCUAAAGUUCCCAGCCACCAACAAUGAAGCUGAAUACGAAGGAAUACUGACGGGACUCAGGCUUGGGAAAGCUCUUGGUGCCAAAGAUUUGUUGAUCCAAAGUGAUUCAAAACUAGUGAUUGGACAGAUCAAGGGAGAAUACGAGGCAAAAGAAGAAAGGAUGCAGAAGUACCUCAAGUUGGCAAGACAGCUAGCUCAGGAAUUCGAUACCGUGGAAUUCACGCAAAUCCCAAGAAGUCUGAAUAUGGGGGCUGACGAAGUGUCAAAGCUAGCGUCAUCGAAAGAAGAAGGGACUAGCACGAACAUGGCGAUGGAAGUCCAAAAACACCCUAGUAUCGAGGAAGUUGCAACCUUCACCAUCCAGAGCAUCGACACCUGGAUGACGCCCAUAAUGUCCUUCCUCCAGGACGGGCACCUACCUCAAGACACUGAAGAAGCCAGAAAAAUCAAGAAGAGGGCAGCUAGAUUCACGAUCCUGAAUGACGUCUUGUACAAGAGAGGCUUCUCAAUGCCCUACUUGAAGUGCGUCGACGAGGAAGAGGCCAGAUACAUCUUGGAGGAGGUACACGAAGGAAUUUGUGGCGACCAUGCCGGCUCCAAAUCCCUAGUAAACAAAGUGCGGCUUCCAGCAGAGAAAAUGACGACCAUAGCUUCCCCAUGGCCAUUUGCACAAUGGGGAAUCGACAUCAUCGAUCCUCUGCCCCAAGAGGCCCUAGCAACGAUCACUGAGGCUCGGAUCCAGAACUUUGUGUGGAAGAACAUAAUAUGUAGGUUCGGGAUUCCCUCGACGAUCAUAUCAGACAAUGGAAGGCAGUUCGACAGUCAAGGCUUUAGGGAAUUCUGCUCAAGCCUUGGGAUCAAGAAUCAGUUCUCAUCCCCAGGGCAUCCUCAGGCAAACGGACAGACGGAAGUGACGAACCGGACGCUGCUCAAGAUUAUCAAGACCAGACUGGACGAUACGAAAGGUGCCUGGCCAGAAGAACUACCAAAUGUCCUGUGGGCUUACAGAACCACCGCCAGAACCCCAACGGGAGAAACCCCCUUCAGGCUUACCUAUGGUACAGAAGCAGUAAUCCCAGUCGAAGUAGGGGUCACAAGUAUCAGGCGUGGAACCUUCAACAAAGAGAUCAAUGACGAUGAACUACAACUGAACCUAGAUUGUCUGGACGAAGUAAGAGUCAACGCAUCCAGCAAGAUGACGAAGUAUCAAAGGAAAAUGACCGAAUACUAUGACAAACGGGUCAAACUGAGACGCCUGGACAUAGGAGACCUCGUCCUACGCAGGACCACCAUGGCAACUAAAGACCCUACCCAGGGAAAGCUAGGUCCUACGUGGGAAGGUCCCUACCGAGUCGUUCACUACUCAAGACAAGGAAGUUAUCACCUGGAAACCAUGGACGGACAAAGGCUCCCUUGA